AUGCUGGACUUGGCGCUGGGCAUGGUCAAGAAGGGAAGAUUUGCCGACGACCUGGUGGCUGGGUUGGAGGCGCGUGUGGGUCGCCGGCCAUCCGGUGGCUCCGUGGUUCUUCAGCCGACCCCGAAUUCAAGUCCUAUCUGGGACAAGCGGGGCUUCAAGAAGAAGGGCCUGGACUCCAAAUAUCUGGCCAAGCAGAUCCCCGGAUCAGGUGUGGGGGACGCCAACGUCUGCACCCGUGACGACGUCACCAAGUCUGUGGAUGCCUUGGACGCAGAGGGGAUGAAGGCCACCUACCCCACCCUCAUCAAUGGCCGCAGCGGUGUCAAGCUGCAGGACAGCCAGGCCGCGCUUCAAGCACAAGUGGCGAAGCUGGGGCCUUCGAGCGAUUGCAAGAGUUCGCAGGCGGGUCUUGCCAGCAAGGAGGCCACGACUUAUGUGGCCCAAGAUGCUUCAGAUGAGCGCAGUGCCGUCAAGGUGCAGACGGUGCAGGAGGAUGACAUGCCACCGGCGCAGGUGCAGGAGAUGCUGCAGGCACUGGAAGCACAAGUCUACGAUCUGUCCCACAAGCUCGAGGCCAGCGAGUCGCGCUGUGCAGACCUCUGGCGCCAGAACACGGCCCUUCAACUCACUGUGGAACGGAUCAUGGAGCGCGAGAGAUCUACAGCUUCCUCGUGCGAAGCUGAAAUCAAUACACUCAAGGAGCAGCUACAACUGGGUCGCGCAGAGGCCCUGGAGGAACAAGAUCGGAGCUCCUCGCGGAUCUGUGCACUUCAUGGAAAGGUUGAGAAAAGCUCGUGCGAAGCUGCUGAGCUGGAGAGGCGGCUGAAGGAGGAAUCCGAUAAGGUAGAGCAGCUGGAGCAGCAAGUGCAAGUGGAGAAGGACAAGGCAGCGCAGCUGGAGCAGCAGCUGCAAGAGGAAAAGGACAAGGCAGUACGAUUCCAGAAGCAGCGUGAGCAACAAAGGGAUGAGGCGCUCGACCCGGUACUCCUUCAGCAGGAGAAGGAGAAGGCAGCGAAGCUGGAGCAGCAACUGCAAGUGGAAAGGGCCAAGGUAGCAAAGGCGGAGGAGCAGUGGCAAGAGGAAAAGGACAAGGCAGCCAAAUUUCAACAGCAGCUCUUGCAACAGAGGAGCGAGGCGAUGGACCCCAUGCUUCUGCAGCAGGAGAAGGCGAAGGUAGCGCGGCUGGAGCAGCAGCUGCAAGAGGAAAAAGAUAAGGCUGAAGAUGAACUGGAUCGAGCAAAGAGGCUUCUCAGAAAGGCCGACCAAGAGGCUAUCCAUUUGGCGCUCCGCCAGAGCCGACGUCACCGAGAAGCAGAGGAGCGGGCCGUGUGGACGUACAUCCAAGCCAUGGGCAACCAGCGGAUGUUCCAGAUGCCUGUGGAGUGGGUACAAGGGCAGCAGUACUAUUGCAGCGAGAGGACAGGUCAAAGCGCGUCGUCCCUCCCACCAGGAACCAACUUCAGGCAUGGAGCCUGUGGCGGCUGCGGUGGCAUGCCUUACGGACAGCAGGUUCUUUGA